GCAGAGAAAGCGAGAAGUAUCGAAUCCAUUAUGACGUCGUAUAUUGACUUUCAAGAGCAGCGACCCGCCAUAACCUCAAAUACUUGCCUUCGAAGAUUUCUGCGUACCGGAAUUUGAUAUAUCGAUACGUUUUAUUUCUCUUUGCAGAGUAGGGGUUCGUUUUAGGGUUUUGCAACCAGUAACAUGGCUCCGAUCAGCGAUCAGACGCAGGGGACCGGGUUUUUCGCCUCCAUUGCUUCUACUCUUUCCACUUUUAGCAGCGCCAUGUCCAAAUCCGUUACUAGUUUGAUAGGUUAUGAAGGGCUUGAAGUGAUAAAUCCUGAUGGAGGUACAGAUGAUGCUGAGGUUGAAGCUCACAAAGGAAGAUGGAAGCAGGAGGAUCGCGAUAGUUACUGGAGAAUUAUGCAAAAGUACAUUGGCUCUGAUAUCACAUCAAUGGUAACUCUACCUGUUCUCAUCUUUGAGCCCAUGACGAUGCUUCAAAAAAUGGCAGAGUUAAUGGAAUACUCAUACCUAUUGGACUUAGCAGAUGAAUGUGAGGAUCCUCACAUGAGAUUAGUGUAUGCAGCUUCUUGGUUUGUAUCUGUGUAUUUUGCCCUCGAAAGGACAUGGAAGCCAUUCAAUCCUAUUCUUGGUGAAACAUAUGAAAUGGUCAACCAUGGCGGUAUUACAUUUAUUGCAGAACAGGUAAGUCAUCACCCUCCGAUGAGUGCAGCACAUGCAGAAAAUGAGCAUUUUGUAUAUGACAUUACUUCAAAGUUGAAGACCAAAUUUCUUGGGAACUCAGUUGAUAUAUACCCUGUAGGAAGGACACGGCUUAGUCUCAAACGAGCUGGCGUGGUUCUAGAUUUGGUUCCUCCUCCCUCAAAAGCUAACAAUAUAAUCUUUGGACGAACUUGGGUUGAUUCACCUGGUGACAUGAUCUUGACAAACCUCACCACAGGAGACAAGGUUGUCUUGUAUUUCAAACCAUGUGGAUGGUUCGGUGCCGGCCGAUAUGAAGUGGAUGGCUAUGUGUACAAUGCUCAAGAAGAACCUGAAAUUUUAAUGACGGGGAAGUGGAAUGAGUUUAUGAGCUAUCAGCCCUGUGAUUCUGAAGGAGAACCACUGCCCAGCACUGAACUAAAAGAGGUAUGGAGAGUGGCAGAUGCUCCCAAGAAUGAUAAAUUUCAGUAUACGUAUUUUGCGCACAAGAUAAACAGUUUUGACACUGCACCGAAGGCUCUUCUGCCAUCUGAUUCUCGUUUGAGAUCAGACCGUUUGGCGCUUGAGAACGGUGACCUCUCCAAAGCCGGGCUGGAAAAAUCCAGGCUCGAGGAAAGACAACGAGUAGAAAAGAGAACAAGGGAGAUGAAAGGCGACCAGUUUAAGCCCAAGUGGUUCGAUCUAACAGAAGAAGUUGCUUCCACGCCUUGGGGUGACUUGGAAGUGUAUAACUACAACGGAAGAUACACACAGCACCGAGCAGCCGUUGACGACGACGACAGCAAUGGAGAAACUGAAACCAAUUCUAAAGAGUUUAAUCCCUGGCAGUAUGAUGACCUACAGACAUCCUAAGCCUGAGACUUUCAUCUGCCAUUUAUUUUAGUGUUUGCUCUUCACUUCCCUAAGAGUGUUUUGCUAUACUGAGAUAUAGUAGUCUUGACAGGGUAUAUGUAAUUUAGUCAUACAUGGCACAAAUACACGUAUCUCCAACUACAGUUAAUGUUUAUGUGUGUGUAUACAUACUAGAACUUGUAAUUUA